CAAGAGAAUAAAUUAUUUGGUUGUCCAUAUUGCGAACAAUCGCGAUCAUUUUGUUGUGCGUAACCAUAUUCUAUUCUAGUGAUAAGGAGCACCGUGUCCCGAUGGUUUUACUUCACUGAUCAGCAGCAGUCAGCGCGCAGUGUAAGGUAUUUCACAAUACUAUGAAAAGGAUGGCAAGUACUUCUACACCCGAAGAGUACCAGGAAGCAAUGGCCAAAGUGACGCUAGUGGAACGGAACCCGUGCCCGAAUGGCACCCAAAUCGUAAGCCUAUACCGAAGUGGUCGCCGCGAAGCGGGGGACAUAGUCGAGUUGGCGAAGGAAAUUCAAUCGGCCGAAGUUCAAGUGAAGAACAAUGCUUGCGCACGGUUGCUGGUAAUUGCCGAGCAGGUGAAAUUCCUCCAGGAGCAAGCUAAGAAGAUUCUGGAAGAAACGCAAUCGGCCCAGGAUCUACAUCACGCGGCCUGCAAUUUUAAGAAAAUUCCCGGGCACAUCUACCAUUUAUACAAGAGGGAAUCCGGACAGACGUACUUCAGCAUGCUAUCGCCGGAGGAGUGGGGUACGGAUUCGUGUACCCACUCGUACGUUGGCAGUUACCGGUUGGAGCACGACCAAACGUGGACGGCCGUCGAAAAGCUGCAGGAAGUGAGUAACAAUCUCAAGUGGGCGAAAAACUUGGUCGAAUCUUCGGGGACGAAGCGAGCGGAUUUGUUAUCGAUUACAGGCGUUGGCGGAGAGGCGAUGGAGCUGUAAGUGUUCUAUGGUUUUGGUUUUGAAAAUAAGGU